AUGAAAGGCGACUGUGAGACAGGGAAAUAUGGUUUGGACUGUAGCUACACCUGUCAAUGUGACGGCGCCUACUGUCGUGACGACACAGAUACAUAUCGGAGAAACGGUGUUUACAUCUACAGCUCAACAGAAGCCAACCAAACGAAUACGGGCCACCGGUGUGGUUCAACCACUAAAAACAGUCCUGGUAUAACAACAGUUACAUGUGGCAGUACAGCCAGAUACAUCACUCUCUACCGGGAAAUACCAAACGGUGAAAGCACAAUGGACUUUUGUGAAGUAGAAGUGUACAUUUGUUAUCCUGGAACCUUUGGUGAUGACUGCAGCCAGUUUUGUCACUGCCUGAAUGGACCGUGUAAAUACUCAACUGGAGAAUGUACAGGCGGAUGUAAACCAAACUGGAGCGGGACGAAAUGUACUGUUUGUGAUUUCAGUCACUAUGGUGAUUUAUGCAGUAAAAACUGUUCUAGUAGACACUGUCACGGCAUAUCAACAUGUAACGCCAAUGGGGAAUGUUCAUAUGGAUGUGAUCUAGGAUGGAGAGGGACAGACUGUAUGGAAAAGUGCCCUUUUGGUCGUUAUGGAAAAUAUUGUGCAAAAUACUGUACGGAGCGGAAUUGUUUGGAUAGUUCCCGUUCCUGUGAUCGAAUGACUGGGGAAUGUGCUGGCGGUUGUAACCGAGGAUAUCGGUCUGUGGAUUGUAGCAAGUCAUGUUCUGAUGGAACAUAUGGCUACAACUGCAGCGCGUCAUGUGUUGAUCGACACUGCAGUGGUAAUCUUACUAAUCAAGAAUGUGACAGAUUCUUUGGCACUUGUACUCAGGGAUGUCUGAGUGGCUGGGAUUUGCCAGAUUGCGCAGUUCGGUGUCACGAUGGCACGUACGGACCUGGGUGUAAAUUCAAUUGCAGAGAAAGCCACUGUAAAGGAGUCAGCACAUCAUGUGAUCCAGAAAAUGGAAUGUGCCUUAAUGGUUGUCAACCAGGAUGGAAGAAUCCACGUUGUUCUGUAGCAUGUGACACUGGUACAUACGGCCCAGACUGUCGGUUAUCGUGCUCACAGAGAUAUUGUCAGGAUGAAUCUGCCAGCUGUGACCAUGUUACUGGUUCCUGUGGAGGUCCAUGUAAGGGCGACUGGAAGGAAAGAGACUGUACCGUGAAAGCUGACACUAGCAACGCAUACACUGAUAAUCGUAAUUUCGUUGUCAUCGCCGUUUCCGUUGUGGCGGGUGUCCUUUUUGUACUGUUGGUCAUAGUGACGAGUCUUUCCAUUUGGAAAAUUAAAGGUAACAGAGCCAAAUGGGACUCCUAUCAGCAAGAGAUGACGAAAACGAACACAAACCCACCCAGACAACCUACAGACCCUAGUGCUGUAGAAUAUGAAAUCGUCGAUAGACAAGAUGGCGGCCACAACAGUCCCAGAGGUUCCAGUUCUCAACAAGUUUCCACCUCCCGUUCAGCCAAUUAUGGCAAUUCUCCGACGUCACGUGGGGUUGGCUAUGUUAAUGCAGACCAAACAAAUGAAUACGAAAAGCUUGAUUUACCUAACCCAUGAUAACUGGUGUCUAGACAGCUGGAAAUGGAAACAUAUUCAUAAGCUAGAUAUUACCGAGUAAAAAUACAAAACAUAUUAUAUUAGCAGGGGCGGCUGUAAUAUAUUUUGUUUUUAGGUAGGAGGUGUAAUGCGAAAAACGGUCACCUUCGGUAUUUCAAAGAAUACUGAUGUACAUUUGGCAGACAAUUUUCAUGAUAUUUUGAAUUUGUGUGGAGGUAUGUGCAGCCCCAGCAACCUCCCUUGGAUCUUAAUACAAAUAUAACACAAACUGCUGACGAUUUUAAUUUCCCUGAAGAAUACAGCUCAACGUCUUGCGAAACGAUAUUGUAAAAGAAUUAAUGUGAUGUAAGUUUGACUAAUUUGAGAUAUUCGACCAGUAUAAUACAAUAUUGGUAUUCAGCAGGGACUUGAAACGCUUGUUACUAGCGUCCACACUUACUUUGUCCUAGUAUAAAUUGUGGAUUUGUUAAAAAUGAACGUCAUUCAUAUGGAAAUUACUUCCUGUCCCUCUGUUAUACGUGUAUAUGUUACAGUCUCUCUGUCUCUCUCUCUCUCUCUCUCUCUCUCUCUCUCUCUCUCUCUCUCUCUCUCUCUCUCUCUCUCUCUCUCUCUAUAUAUAUAUAUAUAUAUAUAUAUAUACAGUGUUCUAGCUAGCAAUAAAUAAAGGGGCGCUGCGCCCUGCCCCUGUUUUGUGCCGCCCUGCCGUGUUUGUUACCGCACCACCUCUGAUUAUCGCCGCCCUGCCCUACUUCAUUGUCAAACAAAAAUACAAAAUCUUGUUUUCCUCUCAAAGCGUGUACCGUGUUGUUACGAGUCUGAAUUCCCAAGUAAAAAAUGUUUGACAAUACAUUGUUUAGCGACAGUUGUGAAAGCCGACAGCAGUAACGUGAUAUGUCUUUUCUUUUCUUUUCUAUUAUUAGUCGAUAUGACUGCAGACGAGCAGACAGGCAGUCUUACAAAGCUUGAAUGCGAAGUAAUCCUCACACCGUCACGCUCAUAACCACACAUCACCUAGCAAACACCUAGUUGAAAGUAGACCAUCAUGAUAAACUUCCACAGAACGUCAAAUGCGAAAUUAGUAAAUUUUUGAAAGUAAUUGUUGCCUUUGCGAAUACCCAGACCAAGAUACAUAUAGUUUUAAUUGAUGUCAGUAGUCCUUA